GGUUUAAUAUCAAAUAUGACGAAGCAUCCACUUUAGGACACGCCCACUGUUGCUUGGCAACAGCAAAACAGAUCAGAAUGGAGGAGCAAUAAAUUUUCACAAUAACAACAUAGGGAAGCAAUAAUCCCCAGACAAUAAUAAAAAGGCAAUAAUAAUUGAAAUAUGCACAUGCUGGUUUGAAAACACCGUCAGGAUGAACUAUAAGGAGCUAGUCAAAGAGGCAAUAAAGCUGCUGGACAUGUACGAGCCAGGCAAACAGUGUGUGGACACCUUUAUCGAGGACUGUGCCAAGACUCUCGCGAACCGGUCCUCUGCUGAGCAGCUCUUUAUCACUGACGCAGUUUAUGGGUGUCUAGUGCAUCACAAACUUUUGGAUAUUGUGAUCAACAGCUUUUAUGAUGAACAGGGGAAAUAUUAUCUUAAAGCUGAUCGAAACCAGUUUGUUGUGGUUUCUUAUCUUGCCAUAUUCCAUCUGGAUGAUCUGGGCUUGGAUCAGUUCAGUACAAUUAUAAAGACGCUGGACAACUCAAAAAUGUUCAAAUUCAUGAGUUUCUUCUUUAAUGUUUCCAACCUCACCACAUGGAUCCGUGCGGAGUGGAGUCAGCUCUAUGAUGCCUCCUAUGUAGAGCGCAAGUGGAUACAGCCAUUACUGAGAUGGCAGACUGAAAUAGAAGGCCUGUUAGAAUGCCUUGGGAAAAAAAUAUCCAAGGGCAGCCAGCCAAAGAAAUUUCCUAAGAAGUCAACAGAACCUCAGGAGUUUGAUCUGACGAAGCCCAAACCUCGUUCACUUCCGGCUCCUGAACUGAUUCCACAACAGGAGAAAGCCAAGCCGGUGCCUGCCAGUCUCCAUAGAGCUCCAAAAGAGCCACAGGUUUUAGAGGACAUCAAACAGAAGAACUAUCUGAAAGCACAGAAAGUAUUGUAUGAGGCAAACACUCAACAAUUCCGAUGUGCAAACCCACACAAGUCAGAGAAAACCAAAAACAUUCUGUCCCAGAUUCAGCAAAGCUGUGAAGCUGAACUCAAAUUUGACUCUGUUUACUCCUCUGGAACUCCGGCCACUCAUAAGACAAACACUUUGCCUGUCAUACUGAACACAACAGCGAUCCUUCGGGAGGGAGCGUUUCACAAUCGAAAGGUGGAGGAGGAGUUGAAUAGGCUUGAGCGUUUGAUGCAGGGAGCCAGUGAUCCCUCAGCUUUCCUGCAGUGGCAGAAAGAGAUGAAGGAGAAGGACUUGCAGGAGGCGCUGGCUCAGAUGGAGUACAGGAGGCUUGAGGGAAAGAUUAUCCAUAAGGAAGCUCUGCUGGCACAACAACGAGUCAUUGAGCUCAACCAGCACAAAGCACUGGUCAAGAAAGAGGAGACGGCAGAGCUGAUGCGCAGGUAUGCAGAGAAGCGUCUGAAAGAGGAGAAGGAGAUGAGGGAGCUGGUGCAGUUGGUGGCUGAUGGCCACAAAAACUCUAAAGCUGCCAAAGUGAAACUGCAAGAGAUCAAAAGACGCAUUGUUAAGGAGGUCUCUGAGCAAAGCCAGGAACUACUUCGGCAGGCACUAGAAGAAGCCCAUGCUGAGCUAAGCCGGAAGUUUGAGCUCAUCCGUCAGAUUCGAGCCAUAGAGUCAGUGCCUCGUCUCAGUCAUAAGUUUAUAGACGACACAGAGACAGGAGGUCAUGAGCUGCUUUGUGAGAUGUCUUUGGUGGAGCUACGCGAACGUUUGUCCAGGCUGAAGGAGAAGGAGCAGCACGAGCAGGAGAAAAGGAGGCAAAAGAUUGUGGAGGAGAAACAAAGGAGAGAGCAGCUACUGCUUGAGCAUCUGGACAUCAUUACUGCAUCCAGGACUGCAGCAAGACUGGUCACUGCACAAAAACAAGAGGAGAAGAAAAUGAGAUCGAAGCUGCAGGAGGCGGUCAGCAUGGAUGAGAGAGUCAUGGCCAUGAAGAAGACUUUGAAGAUGAAGCAGCAGGAGGUACAGAAGAGGAAGGAAGCUGAAAAAUCCAAAGUAAAGUUAAAUGAACAAGUGGCUACUCAAAAUGCUAAGGGCUAUAGCCAUACAAAGCAGGCACUAGAGAAACACCACUGGCUGCAGCUGGAGCAGGCUUUAGAGAAACAGGUCCAGAGGUCUGACCAAAGGAAUAACGUCCUAAUAAAUUAACACUUUCAUUGCUGUAUAGUACAACUGUCAAGAAAAUCAAUGUUCAAAGUAAACCAUGGAUUUCUAUAUUUUUAAUAAUUUGAAUGCAAUUAAAAACAAAGAC